UUUAUCAGGACGGUGGAAGCAGGUGGCAAAGAGUGUAGGAACUGGGAGAGAGAUCACACAAAUAGAACUUCAGGUUCAAUUUACGGAAGUAGAUCUCAAAUUAAGAUCAGAAGUGAAAUAUAUAUUUUCUGUCAGCAAUACUCUAUUUCCAGUAUAUGAAUCCAUGUCAAGUUACAAAUGCACAAGAAAUGGUGAUGUCCAUGAGACAAACAGUAACAUAAGCAAUUCAUCAAAUUGACAGACCUAUUGAUCACUGGUCAGGAAAACCUCGAUAUGCCUGGAGUGGACACUAUCCUGUGGGCGGCAGCAAGGAUACAUUAACUAGGUAAAAGGUCAUGUACAGCCUCAGGUCAUGUACAGGUAAUACCAACAAUGACCCAAUUGCUCUUUCAGACAAUGGGAGAAUGAAUCACCCACCUUACACCUCUAAGGGUGUGUCGCUACCUUCUUAGAACAUAAACAGGUACCUGGUUCAAAAACCUAGAAAAAGCCUGCUUCUCUGUUUUUAGAAGUAAUCCCUGAGGUAACUUGGCUGGACGUGAAAUAUCCCGUUGGUUCUGUGAAUAAGGUCAACAGGAGGAUGAGCCCUAAUGGGACCUAAACUUGCCUGAUACUUGAACCCUGUGACCCCAAGCCAAUGCCCAGACUAGUAAGGCUAAUGCACUGUUCUGGUGGGAGACCCAGCUUUGAACCCUAUCAGUUACAGAUAGGUGAAUACAAUAUAGGGCCAGAUGUAUCAUUACUUAAAGGGUGAUGGAAGGCUUUUAACAUUUCAGUCAUGCUUAUUCAGAGCAAUUGGGGUUCAAUUUCAUGCUCAAGGGCACAUCAGAAAGAAGGGCAUUGCGAUAUGAAGUCUCAGGUAGAUGUUUCCUCCCAUUAUCACAAUACUUAAGUUUCUCACAAUGAAAAGGUCUUUCUUUCCUCAAUAGAAUUCAGUAUGAGAGGUUCCUGUGUUAUAUUUCAGCUCACCACUGAAGUUUUACCUAUUGCUUCCCUGCUCUUUCCAAGAUCUUGCAGUUGGCGUGUAUUUUGCAGGUUGUAAUAGUCUUGGAAACAUUGUUACACACUAACGUAGGAAUAAAUCAAAUCAAUCUGAGAGAUGUAUCAGUAUAACGACUGAAUGACUAUACAUAAAACAUUGCGAAAUACUCCAUACUUCCCUGACGGUCAUACCUAUAUUGCUUGUAUUUGCACAUAAGAAUACGUAAGGAAACAGUGACACAGUGCAUGUGAAACAGUGUUACGGGACAAUACUCCAAGCUACCUUUACCAGCGGUGAUACAUUGAUUGCCCUGAUACACUACAUUGAAACUGCAGUCUGCGGCUCGGUCUGGUCACCCCAGCUACUUGUUUUGGUAGACAGCCAAGGACUGGGACUGGCGAAAUGUAAAUCAUCAAAUCACAGUUCAUUUAAAGUGCAUUUAACAAAAGCCUCAAUACCCCUUACAACACCAAAAAAACAUGACUUAAGAAGAAAGCAAGAAAUAACCACUCUCACGUUCAUAGACAGAGCUAUGGAUGCAAAUACGAUCAAAAUGAUCGUUUUAACCAUGUUUGGAAGCUAUACAGUGCUUUGUUUCAUCACUAAUUGAUAACUGAUUUAACAGAAACAGAAAUGAGAUGAAACAAUAUACAAACAAAACUCAGAUCAGGUAGUGUAUGGGUGAUGGAAAUCCCACAAAUCAACCGCGUUCUGCUCCGUACUCGCUCAACCAGUCAGGGAGGGCAGCGAAAUAAGGAAGCCAGAUUGGGUCAAUAAAGAGAAGUCAAAAACCUGUUUAGGGGUUUGGAAAGGUUUAUGUACGAAACCAGUUCCGAAACAAAAAGAGGGAUAUUUACAAGUCUUUUUUGUUUCUCCUGAGCCUGUCCUUGUAUACCCUCAAAUGUAUUGUGAUUGUGUAGCUGUAGAAGCAUUACAUUUACAUCCAGUUAUUAACAACUUCAGUGCAACAAGUUCUAUGUAAUCAAUAAAUAUCAUCAUUGUUUACUAUUUGAAAUGUAUGACAAUUACUAGACAUAUAGUAUUACAAACAGCUGGUGAAUGAGACUGAAUAGAAAUCACAAACUAAAGUUCAAGUCAAGAUACUGUAAGUGGCUUUGCUACACUUUACAUUAAGUAGCAAAGAUACCAUGGAGUUUAUUCAAACGCAUUGUGUAAUUACAUAAUUAUACGGGUGACUUAUUGAGAAUUCCUUGUUUUAUGUAAAUGCAGUUUCAGUAUAUAGCUGAGAAGUUGCCGUACAUUCUGGUUACCAAAUGGAAAAAACUACAUCGUUGCACAAGUAAUUCACGUUCAAGUUGCACGUCCUGUUUUGCCUUAACCCCAUCCUGCAACCACACCUACCCAUUGGAAUCCCAGUUUGGUGGAGCUGGUCUGUGGAUUUUAUUUUCCUUUGAACCAUAACCAUCUCUCCACAGCCAGUUUUCUGCUGCUACUCUGCUAUGUCUACACUCACUGGGUGACAUCACUGGAGUUUCCCCUUUUGUGCCAAUAGCAGGCCGAGCAUAAAAACGACAGGGCUUCUGGCAGAAGUCCAUUCUAACAAACGAGCAAAACACAGGACACCUAUCAAGCUACAACUCUGUCAAAACAAAAAAAAGAUAUUUAGGAGAUAUUCGGGCAAAUAUUCAGUCGCUAGACUUUUUCACUGCCACCAAGAGCCAAGAGUUUGAACCUCGUUCAACAGCAGUAUGGAGGGGUAUGCGAUGACACCUGAAGACAUGGAGAGGGGCCCUGUGUACAACACAACGGUGACAGCUGUCGCUGAGGGAAAGGCCUCCAGAGGUUGGCUAUGGAGGCUGUGUGGGGUCCUCUUAAUAGCAGUUCUAUGUGCGGCAGCAGCCCUACUCUUUGCAUGGUGUCAGCAUGGAAGACUGGCAACGAUGCAGUACGAAAUGGAGCCUCAACUGGAGAUACUCAUUGGUGCAAAAGAUACCCACCAUACAUUGAAGCAGAUUGCCGGCAAUGCAAAAGCAGCCAUCCAUUUAGAGGGUGAAUACAAUCCUAAUCUUACCGCUGACACCGUGCAGUGGAGAAAGGAUGACGGCCAGGCUUUUUCCCAGGGCGGGUUCGAGCUACAGGGGAACCAAAUCCUCAUCCCACACACUGGGCUCUUCUUCGUUUACAGCCAGGCUUCGUUUAGGGUCAAGUGCAAUGGCCCGGGCGAGCAUACCACUCCUCUGAGUCACAUUAUUUGGCGCUAUUCGGACUCCAUCGGGGUUAAUGCUAAUCUUCUUAGCGGGGUAAGGUCAGUUUGUCAACGAAACUACGGUGAUGCUGAGUCCAAAAUUGGCGAAGGCUGGUACAAUGCAGUUUACCUUGGUGCGGUGUUUCAGCUGAAUGAAGGGGACAAACUGUGGACUGAGACCAAUCGACUGACCGACGUGGAGCCUGAGCAGGGCAAGAACUUCUUUGGUGUGUUUGCACUGUGAUGAGAGAGAGGCAGGCCAGAGAUGAAUAUUUGUUAAAACAGUUUUAUGUUAAAACUCUUAUUUUAGUGUUGCAAUUUUAUGGUAACUAAGCCAUCUCAAAGGAGAUUGGUCUAAUCUUAAUGGUUAUUUUUGUAAACUGCAACAGUUUGAGAAAUGAUUAUUGUUUGUCCACACAUGAUUGUCCAUUCUCUAUAUUGUAGACUUUGCACCAAAUAAUAUUAUGACUUCCGGUUAUUUAUAUUAACUUAAAAAAAUGAUAUUUACUAUUUAUAUGAAAAUACAAUAGGCUACUGUGGAGUACUGUAGUAUAAGUUAUCUUGAUUCACAUAAGUCUAGCAGUAGCCUAUACUAGGCCUAUCAGAAUACAGUACUACAAUAUUAAGUUAUUUUAUUUAAUGUACUGAUGUACUAAUGUUUAUUUAAAUGUGAUUGUGUUGUAUUUUAUUUGUCAUCUAUUCAGUGUGCUUGAAUCAACUAAUAAAUUCAAAAUCUUCUCAAA